AUGAGCGCUCCGCCGUCUGUCCCUGCGGUGUUCCACGCCCGCAAGGCCAAGAUUCUGGAAGAGCUUGCUAUUCCUGAUGCCGAGUACACAGACUUAUCCCCCAAGGGAUCGGUCGACAAGGGUAUUCGAGACCUUAUUGGCGACAUCAAUGCCCUGCCUGGCUUGGUGACAACCAGUAGCUGCGCUGGCCGUAUUAGCAUUUUUCUGGAAGGGACCACAAAGAGUUCCAGACCUGAGCCAGAGCCGCAGACGCAGUUCGCCCCGUCUGGUGGGAAAGGUGCUGGUCGCUGGCUCUACGUCUCGCAUGAUCCUUUCGAUUUCGGUCAAAAUCACACAUCAUUGCUUGAACAAUUUGGUCUUGUCGAGGGUGAUGGAAAGCCGCCGUCAGGCCAAUCACUUCGUUUGGUCCGUUUUCAUUUUGAGCCUCUGAUCCUCCACAUCAUGGCAGCAACUUUGUCCCAUGCCCAGCCCGUCCUGUCUGCUGCAUCGUCUUCAGGCUUCCGCGAAAGUGGGUUGCAGAGCUUGCGCUGCCUAGAGGGUGAAGGGGGCCCUAGCCCCAUCGUUGCAGUUCGGUCUUCUGGCUUGUCUCUGGAAUCAGUAAUAGGCUACUAUGAUGAGAGCUCUGAUGAGCCGGUGAUUCGCAGCCUGGUAACUGAAGAGUAUCUGGCGAUGCUCAUAGCAAUGUCCAAUGAGAGGUUCAUAAUAAAUACUGAGCGUCGAGAACGCUUUCGGUCUGGCCUAAUUGAUCUUUGCUCCUUGGAACAGAGCCAGAGGGGCAAGUCAAAAGGCAAACCUGACUGGGAGGAUCCUGUAGAAAGGAAAGAGAGGAAACGAGCAGAAGGGCUGGCGAGAAAAAAGCUCCUGGAGAGCCAAAAGUCCGCAAGUUCUCAGGCUACCGCUCGGGAUUCAGAGACUGCACCUGAUAUUAUGAGCGAUAUUCAAGAUUGA